AGCAAGUGUAUUGCCAGCGAAGCGGUCGACGUCUGACAUUUCUGAGGAAACUGUACAGUGCAACUUCACACACAUGGAUAUUUACGUGGCUUUGUUAUCCGUAGUGCUCAUUGCGAAACCAGUUUUCGGUUUUGGAAUAGAUCCCGAUGACCAGAUAGAUAUCAUCAAUGAACUUGACUUCGGAAAUGCAACAUAUGGAAUUACCCAAGUGGCAGGGCUUCACAAAAAUAGCAAAGCCUUCUUAUUUCGAGAUGUGGGGAGAGCAGUCCACGCGCCGGCCCACAUCACAGAGAAGGUGGUGCAGCUCUUCAGGAGUAAAAGUGAAUUUACCUUCCUGGCCUCCAUCAAGCAGAAGUCCUCCACGUCAGGAGUCAUCUUCUCCAUCCAUGAAUCUGAACACAGUUACUUUGAGCUGGAAAGCAGUGGCCUGAGGGAGGAGAUCCGAUACCACUACAGCUACAAAGGCAAGCCUCGCUCAGAGUCCUUCCCCUACCGACUAGCCGACGGCCAGUGGCACAAGAUAGCCCUCUCCAUCAGCGCUACACACCUAUUGCUGCAUGUCGACUGCAACAGGAUUUACGAGCGAGUGAUAGAUCCACCUCAGAUGGAUCUGACCCUGGGCAGUGGAGUGUGGCUGGGUCAGCAUAGCCACAAGCACGGCUUCUUCAAGGGUACCAUUCAGGAUGUCAAAUUAAUUUUUGCUCCAAACGGCUACAUCACACAAUGUCCCAACCUUAAUCGCACCUGUCCGACAUGCAGUGAUUUCUUGAGCCUGGUGCAAGGCAUCAUGGACCUUCAGGAGUUGCUGGCCAAGAUGACCUUGAAGCUGAACUACGCAGAGUCCAGGCUGACCCAGCUGGAGGGCUGCCGCUGUGACAGGACGUGCAGUGCCAACGGUGUGGACUACAGAGACAAAGACCUGUGGGUGGAGCCAGAGAACUGCAGGAACUGCAUCUGUAUGAAUGGAGUGGUGGAGUGUCGCAGGAUAUUCUGUCCCCCUGCCAACUGCUCAGAGGACUCUCUCCCCGUGCAUGUGGUGGGCACCUGCUGCAAGAAAUGCCGACCAAAAUGCACCUACAUGGCCCAAACUCUGUCAGAGGGCCAGCGUCUGCUAACGAAAAUGUGCACAGAAUGCAAGAAUGGGCUGAUGGUGAGAGUGACAGAGAACUGUCCGGAGAUCAACUGCACCCUCAAGGAACAGAUCCUACCUGACAACAGGUGCUGCAAUGUCUGCAAAGGCUACGAUUUCUGUGCAGAGGGACUCAUUUGUGGGGAAAAUUCGGAGUGUAAAAACCGGAAUACCAGAGCAGAGUGUGAGUGCAAGAGCGGCUUUUCCUCCAUCCACGGGGACUCAACAUACUGUGAAGAUAUCGAUGAGUGUGCUGUUCAGAGUCACUACUGCCAGGCUAACACGGUGUGUGUGAAUGUCCCCGGCAGCCAUCGCUGUGACUGUCUACCUGCCUUCAUCAGAGUGGAUGACUACUCCUGCACAGAACAUGAUGAGUGUGCAAGUGGGCAGAGCUCCUGUGACGACAAUGCCAUCUGUACCAACACCAUCAGAGGCCACCUGUGCACCUGUAAGCCUGGCUAUGUAGGGAACGGCUCCAUCUGCACAGCAUUCUGUGAGGAGGGGUGUAGGAGCGGAGGUACCUGUGUGUCACCCAACACCUGCAUCUGCCCCUCAGGCUUUACGGGACGUCACUGUGAGACAGACAUUGACGAGUGUGCGGAGGGCCUGAUCCAGUGCCACAAUCACUCCCGCUGUGUCAACCUGCCGGGCUGGUACCACUGUGAGUGCAGGAACGGUUUCCAUGACAAUGGCUCCUACCUGAUUCACGGGAGCUCCUGCAUCGACGUUGAUGAGUGCGCAACACAGACACACACCUGCUGGAACAACAGUGUGUGUGUGAACCUUCCGGGUGGUUUUGACUGUAUGUGCACAUCUGGACCGGCCUGCAGUGGAGACUGUCUUCACGAGGAGGGCCUCAAACACAACGGACAGGAGUGGAACCUCAGCCUGGACCGCUGCUCCCUCUGCUCCUGCAAGGACGGGCGCACCUUCUGCAGGAGGAGAGAGUGUGACUGUGUGGACCCUGAGGCAGACCUGUUCUGCUGUCCUGAGUGUGACUCCAGAAAGUCCAGCCAAUGUCUGCACCAGAGUGGACACACACUGUACAACAGCAGAGACUCCUGGAUCUACGGCUGCCAGCAGUGCCGCUGCCUGGAGGGAGAGGUGGACUGCUGGCCCCUGGCGUGUCCAGUGUUGGCGUGCAAGUACUCUGCCUUGGCGGAGGGCGAAUGUUGCCCGAGCUGCGUCACUGACCCCUGUCUGGCAGACAAUAUUGCCUACGACAUCAUGCAGACCUGCCAGGACCCCGCUGGGAUCACCCGCCUCAGCAGUGCCAAGUGGCCCAUGCCAGGGUCACCCUGCACCACCUGCAAAUGCAAGAAUGGAAGUGUGUGCUGCUCGGUGGAGCUGGAUUGUCUUCAGAACAACUAAACACUCCUCUUUCGGUAGCCGUACUCUUCUCCUCUCCAAUAGCUCCUUUCUUCAGAUCCUAGACUGGCCACACUGUUUGAAGACCCUACCUUUGGACCUUUUACCACACAUGCUCACAUACACGCACAUACGCACGCACACACUCUGCCUGGGUUAGGGCAGUGGCUAGAGCUGUGUGUCCAUACUGGUUCUUCAAGCAACACUGUAUCGCUGACAAAUUGAGAGAUGGAGUGUCUGUCUGCUACACAACU